AAACUAUUCACAGAUCGCUCGUAAACGUCCGUUCUUCGGCUGUGCUACAAUGAGCGCGGUCAUGCGAAGAUCUGCCGUACUGUUACUGUGCGUAACUGCACUGACUUUACAAAGCACAGUGAAAGCAAGUGAUGGAGCUGUCGUACAAACCAAAUCUGGAUCCCUGAAAGGUGGUCAUCUUACUGCACAAGGGAAGGAAACAGUGAUUUAUACUUAUCUGGGUAUUCCUUUUGCCAAGCCGCCCUUGGGUCCAUUGAGACUGGCUCCACCCCAACCAGCAGAGACAUGGACUGGAGUGAGAGAUGCUACAAAACAGCCACCCAUGUGUGUGCAGGAGAGACAAGUACUUGUGGAUUUGUUGUCGAACUUUUCUCAGAGUAUGGAGAUUCCUGAAAUAUCAGAGGAUUGUCUUUACCUCAACGUUUACACUCCAUCCAAACCUGGAGACAAUGCCAAGUUGCCUGUUAUGGUUUGGAUCCAUGGUGGAGGAUUGGUUAUGGGGUCUGCGUCGAUGUUUGAUGGACAUGUUUUGGCCGCCUAUCAGGAUGUAGUUGUGGUCUUAAUUCAAUACAGACUCGGCGUCCUUGGAUUUUUUAGCACAGGAGAUGAACAUGCAGCAGGAAACUACGGCCUUCUGGAUCAGGUGGCUGCACUUCAGUGGGUUCAGGAGAACAUUCCCAGCUUCGGCGGAGAUCCUGGAUCAGUCACCAUCUUUGGAGAGUCUGCUGGAGGAGUCAGCGUGUCCUUACAUGUUCUUUCACUGUUGUCUACAAACCUCUUUCAUUAUGCCAUCGCAGAGAGUGGCACAGCGGCAAUGGACGCUAUCAUGAACCCCUACCCUCUGUUCACAGCCAAGGCUGUAGCCAAUGCAUCUGGCUGUGAUGUUUCCAGCACAAAGGAGAUUGUUGACUGUGUCAGGCAGUUGUCAGAAGAAGACGUCUUGAAGAUAACUCAUGAUAAUCCAAUUUUUCGUUUUGGAGUGACAACAGAUGGUCAGUUCCUUCCUAAAUCUGCAGAGGAGCUUCUUCAAAGCCACAAGUUCAACAAAGUGCCUCUCAUGACUGGAGUUACAAAUGAUGAGUGUGGAUACAUGCUGCCUAAUUUCAUGGCAGGUCCAGGGUGGAAGGAUGGCAUGGACAGAGAGCAAAUCGCACAGUUUUUACCAAUGUUUAAUCCUGAUCUUCAAGAUCCGUUUCUCGCUGAGCUCGUGUUAAAUGAAUAUCUGGGCACAUCCAGCGACAGGAUUAAAAACCGAGAUGGUUUUCGAGAGAUCUUGGGCGACCUCUUUUUCAACAUCCCAGCUCGCAAAACUGCGAAUAGCCACAGAGAUUCUGGUGCACCAGUUUACAUGUAUGAAUUCCAGCAUCCUCCCAGUUUAUUUCAAAAGAAGAGACCCAGUUUUGUUGGCUCUGAUCAUGGAGAUGAACUUUUAUUUGUCUUUGGAUACUGCUUUGGAAAAGGACAUAUUAAAAUCGAAGAGAAACUUACAGAGGAAGAACAUGAACUUUGUAAAACUGUCAUGGCUUAUUGGGGAAACUUUGCUCGCACUGGGUCUCCGAAUGGUCCGGGUCUCACAGAAUGGCCUAAAUACGGAGCCGAAGCUGAAUAUCUCAGCAUUGGACUACAACAGAAACCUGCCAAAAAUCCAAAAGGAAAACAUCUUACUUUUGUGACCGAAACACUUCAACAGAUCAUAAAAGAACGGAAGGAAGGAGCUGUCGUACAAACCAAAUCUGGAUCCCUGAAAGGUGGUCAUCUUACUGCACAAGGGAAGGAAACAGUGAUUUAUACUUAUAUGGGUAUUCCUUUUGCCAAGCCGCCCUUGGGUCCAUUGAGACUGGCUCCACCCCAACCAACAGAGACAUGGACUGGAGUGAGAGAUGCUACAAAACAGCCACCCAUGUGUGUGCAGGAGAGACAAGUACUUGUGGAUUUGUUGUCGAACUUUUCUCUGAGUAUGGAGAUUCCUGAAAUAUCAGAGGAUUGUCUUUACCUCAACGUUUACACUCCAUCCAAACCUGGAGACAAUGCCAAGUUGCCUGUUAUGGUUUGGAUCCAUGGUGGAGGAUUGGUUAUGGGGUCUGCGUCGAUGUUUGAUGGACAUGUUUUGGCCGCCUAUCAGGAUGUAGUUGUGGUCUUAAUUCAAUACAGACUUGGCUUACUUGGAUUUAUGAGCACAGGAGAUGAACAUGCAGCAGGAAACUACGGCCUUCUGGAUCAGGUGGCUGCACUUCAGUGGGUUCAGGAGAACAUUCCCAGCUUCGGCGGAGAUCCUGGAUCAGUCACCAUCUUUGGAGAGUCUGCUGGAGGAGUCAGCGUGUCCUUACAUGUUCUUUCACUGUUGUCUACAAACCUCUUUCAUUAUGCCAUCGCAGAGAGUGGCACAGCGGCAAUGGACGCUAUCAUGAACCCCUACCCUCUGUUCACAGCCCAGGCUGUAGCCAAUGCAUCUGGCUGUGAUGUUUCCAGCACAAAGGAGAUUGUUGACUGUGUCAGGCAGUUGUCAGAAGAAGACAUCUUAAAGAUAACUCAUGAGAAUCCAAUGUUUCGUUUUGGAGUGACAACAGAUGGUCAGUUCCUUCCUAAAUCUGCAGAGGAGCUUCUUCAAAGCCACAAGUUCAACAAAGUGCCUCUCAUGACUGGAGUUACAAAUGAUGAGUGUGGAUUUAUGCUGCCUGAUUUCAUGGCAGGUCCAGGGUGGAAGGAUGGCAUGGACAGAGAGCAAAUCGCACAGUUUUUUCCAAUGUUUAAUCCUGAUCUUCAAGAUCCGUUUCUCGCUGAGCUCGUGUUAAAUGAAUAUCUGGGCACAUCCAGCGACAGGAUUAAAAACCGAGAUGGUUUUCGAGAGAUCUUGGGCGACCUCUUUUUCAACAUCCCAGCUCGCAAAACUGCUAAUAGCCACAGAGAUUCUGGUGCACCAGUAUACAUGUAUGAAUUCCAGCACCCCCCCAGUAUACUUCAAAAGAAGAGACCCAGUUUUGUUGGCUCUGAUCAUGGAGAUGAACUUUUAUUUGUCUUUGGAUACUGCUUUGGAAAAGGACAUAUCAAACUAGAAGAGAAACCUACAGAGGAAGAGCAUGAACUUUGUAAAACUGUCAUGGAUUAUUGGGGGAACUUUGCUCGCACUGGGUCUCCGAAUGGUCCGGGUCUCACAGAAUGGCCUAAAUAUGGAGCCGAAGCUGAAUAUCUCAGCAUUGGACUACAACAGAAACCUGGCAAAAAUCCAAAAGGAAAACAUCUUACUUUCGUGACCGACAAACUUCAACAGAUCAUAAAAGAACGGAAGGAAGGACCUGUAGUUCAUACCAAACUAGGAUCUCUAAAAGGUUCCCUUCUGACCGUGAAGGGGAAGGAGACAAUCGUGUAUAGCUAUCUAGGCGUACCGUUUGCUAAACCACCUGUGGGACCCCUCAGACUGGCCCGAACCCAACCCGCAGACACAUGGGAGGGAGUGAGAGACGCCACGCGACAGCCACCCAUGUGUGUUCAGGACAGGGAAGGAGUUUUAAGCGAACUAGAGUUUUUCUCGAUGAGUCUGGAAGUUCCAGAGGUUUCAGAGGAUUGCUUAUACGUCAACGUUUACACUCCAUCUAAACCUGGAGAUAGUACCAAUUUACCAGUCAUGGUUUGGAUUCACGGCGGAGGCUUUAGUUUUGGUGCCGCCUCUCUGUACGAUGGCUCGGUUCUGUCUGCGUAUGAGAAUGUUGUUGUGGUGCUGAUUCAGUACAGAUUGGGCCUGUUAGGAUUCUUCAGCACAGGAGAUGAACAUGCAGCAGGAAACUACGGCUUUCUGGAUCAGGUGGCUGCACUUCAGUGGGUUCAGGAGAACAUUCCCAGCUUCGGCGGAGAUCCUGGAUCAGUCACCAUCUUUGGAGAGUCUGCUGGAGGAGUCAGCGUUAAUUUGCUUAUGCUGUCCCCGUUGGCCUCGGGUCUGUUCCAUCGUGCCAUAGCAGAGAGUGGCACCGCUGUAUGGCCCGGCCUUGAGACCUCCAAUCCUUUAAUCUCAGCUCAGAAUGUUGCCAAAUCAUCGAACUGUGACGGCAGGACUUCAUCCAGUAUUGUGGAGUGCAUCAUGCGCUGGUCCAGUGAGGAAGCUGAGAAAUAUUCCAGUCAGUACAAAAUGCUGCACUUCAGAGUUGCUGUGGAUUCUUAUUUCUUGCCCAAACCUAUAGAGGAGAUCAUAGAGAAGCAAGAGUUCAGCAAAGUUCCUCUUAUUACUGGCAUUACUGAUGAUGAGUUUGGCUUAUUAUUGGCCGCGUACUUUGAGGGUCCAGGUUGGAUUGAUGGCAUGACAAAGGAACAAGCUACAGACGCAUUGACUCUCGGGUAUCCCGAUCAGGAGGAUCGAUGGAUCCGUGAACUGGUGGCAAAGGAGUACAUAGGUGCCACCAAAGACUCCAUACAAAUCCGAGACAGUUAUAGAGAGAUGAUGGGAGAUGUGUUUUUUAAUAUUCCUGCUCUCAAACUGGCCAAAUACCAAAGAGCUUCGGGAGCGCCUGUGUACCUGUACGAGUUUCAGGAUGCUCCAAGUGUGAUCAAGAAGAACAAGCCAAGUUUUGUUGGCGUCGACCACGCAGAUGAGAUUCUCUUUAUUCAGGGUAGCUGCUUCACAAAAGCCCACAUCACGAUAACCGGUGCGUUCACAAAGGAAGACGAUGAACUGUGCAGAACAGUGAUGGCCUACUGGGGGAACUUUGCUCACACUGGGUCUCCUAAUGGUCCGGGUCUCCCGGCAUGGCCUGAAUACGGAGCUGAAGCAGAGUAUCUAGGCAUUGGAGUGCAACAGAAACCUGGCAAAAACCUGAAGGCAAAACACGUCAAGUUCCUGACAGAAACACUUCCAGAGCUUGUUCGUCUCAGACGAGAGAAAAGUGAGCAUUUGGAGCUGUAGACAGAUCGCUUGCCCCUGUUAGAAACAAACAUGCACUUAAAAAAGACAUUUAAAGGGUGGCGCUGAAAAGGGAAUGAUUGUGAUGAAGUAACUGUAAUUUUGAUCAAAUGAAUAAUAAUAAUAUGAUUGCUCUGUAAAGGGACCACCUGAGAAGGUAAACAUUUUUUUUAUGUAUGCCAAUUGAUUUGAUCAACUGAUACAUUGACAAAUGUUCUUAUAAAUCUAAUUCACACUUAUAUAUGUAAUAAAACACAGAAUCAGACAA